GUUAAGCUUUAUUUAUUUUGAAAGUUGCGAAGUUUCACUGCACGAACUGUAUGGACAACAAACGCGCCGACAGGGGAAUUUCGAAAGUUGUUAUUGUGGGUAGUGAAAAGGCCGGUGAUUCUUCCAACUGUUUAUUUUUUUAUAUUUGUAACAGUUUCGGCAUUUAAAGAAUGCAAAUUUUUAUUCUUUUCCUGCUGUGUAUUUUAGCAACUGUGUAUUCUACAGAUUAUUAUGAAUUACUUGGGAUUUCCAAAGAUGCCGACAAUCGUGAAAUCAGGAGAGCUUUUAAAAAACUUGCUUUGAAACUACAUCCAGAUAAAAAUAUGGAAGAAGAAAAGGCCCAUGAGCAGUUCAUUGCUAUUAACAAAGCAUAUGAAGUUUUGAAAGAUGAAGAAACAAGAAAAAAGUAUGAUUUGUAUGGUGAAGAAGGAUUGAAAGAAGAUUUUGGGAACAGUUGGAGAGGAAAUUAUCGCAGUUGGAAUUACUAUUAUGAGAGCUUUGGUAUAUAUGAUGAUGAUCCAGAAAUAAUAACCCUGAAUAAAAAUGAUUUUGGUCAAACUGUUCUUGAGUCAAGUGAUUUAUGGUUUGUUAACUUUUACUCUCCUCAAUGUUCUCAUUGCCAUGAUCUGGCUCCUGUUUGGCGAGAAUUGGCUCGUAAUUCUGAAGGUAUUCUACAAAUUGGUGCUGUGAACUGUGAAGAAGACUGGAUGCUUUGCCGACAGCAAAAUAUUUAUUCUUAUCCUUCACUAGUUUUAUAUCCGAUGAGAGAAAAGUACCAAGGUUCAAGAGAUUUCACUAGUAUGAUGGAUUAUAUUUUACAACAUCUGGAAAAUAAUGUUAUACAAUUGACUUCCCAUGAUUUUUCUCAAAUAGUAUCAACGGAGAAGUCUGCAUCUCAGCCGUGGUUAAUUGCCACUUGUAAAAACACUAAAGGAUGCUUAGAUUCUGACGAGUUAAAGAAACUCAGUGUCAUAUUGGAGCAUUUGGUAAAUGUUGCAGAGGUGGAUAAAAGUACAGAUGAAAAAAUUUGUGAAUUCAUUAAUUGCCAUGCACCCGUUUCAUUUUAUUUUGACUUAAAUCCUGAAAAUCCAAAGAAAAAUAAUAUAUCUCUGAAAGAGAUCGAAGUUUCUGAAAUAGUGAAAACGGUUCUUGCAAAACUGCCAGAACCUGAAGAUUAUUCUGAGGAAUCUUUCAAGGAAAUGAUAACUGCUAUGAAAAAUUCGACUUCUUCCCCAAGACUGCUCUAUUUUACUGACAAAACGACAUCAUCUGAGUCAAAUAUUGAUUUAAAACGUCUGAAAGCUCUUUUGCCUGAAGUUGUGUUGGGAAAGUUUGAUUGUGAAAAAUAUCCGUCUACUUGUUCAGAAUUGUAUUUACAAAAAUUUCCUACUUUUCUGCUUUUCAAACCAGAUGGUUCAUACGAAUUUCACUAUGGUAGAAUAAUUGCUUAUGAUGUAGCCAGAUUUGUUCGAGAUGCCUUACCAAGCCAAGUGCAUACUCUUACUCCUGUUGAUUUUCCCAGAGUCAUAGAAUCUGGUCAGUCAUGGUUCAUUGACUUUUUUGCUCCUUGGUGCCCACCUUGCAUGCAGUUUUUACCGCACUGGAGAAAAGCAUCUCAGUCUUCCAGUCAUUUGGUAAAAUUUGGCACUGUAGAUUGCUCCAUUCAUGUCAGUUUAUGCCGCAAGUAUAACAUCAAUUCUUAUCCAACGGCAAUCUUAUACAAUAUGUCAAAGCCCCAUAAGUUUUAUGGUUCACACUCUAAGCGUCACAUUGAGGAAUUUGUUGAGGAUAUAUUGCACCCUUCUGUAGUAUCAUUGUCAUCUUCCUCCUUUGAAAGUUUAGUAAUGUCUAAAUCACUUGAUGAAAUUUGGGUGAUAGAUUUCUUUGCUCCUUGGUGUGGGCCCUGUCAACAGCUUUCACCUCAGUGGAGGAAAUUAGCGAAACUUUUGAGCCAUAUAUCAUCAAUUCAUAUUGGAGAAGUUGACUGCCAAGCACAUAAUUCAUUUUGCAGUUCUAUGGGAAUCAACAGCUAUCCCACCAUACUGUUAUAUCCUAGUGGACAAACAGGCAUUAGCAGAUUUUCCUCAUAUAAUGGUUGGAAUAGAGAUGCGCUAUCGAUUCAAGCUUGGAUUUUUAACUUCCUACCAUCAAAGGUGACGACUCUUACAACUCAUUCUUAUGAAGAAGCACUUGCUGAUGAUAGUCCGUGGUUGAUUGACUAUUAUGCACCUUGGUGCUCACAUUGUCAUUCGUUUGCUCCAGAAUUUGAAAAAGUUGCUCAGGCUUUUGAAGGCAAAGUUAAAACUGGUAAAGUUAAUUGUGAAGAAUUUCCCAGACUUUGCCAAUUAGCUUCAGUCCGUGCAUAUCCAACUGUUAAGUUUUAUGGUGGAAGGAAAAGUGAUCAACCUCAGGACCCUAUAGGAUUGGAAAUACAUACUCUUACUUUUAAUGCAAUACUUUCAUUUUUAAAAGACACUUUAACUACAGAAUUCCAGAGUCCCAGAGCUCGAGACGAAUUGUGAUAUAUUUUAAUAUUUCAAGAAGAACUAAAUGUUUUAUUGUAUAUUAAUAUUUACUAUGUAUUUUAUUUUGUUGUGUGCAUAGGCAGACUUAUUAAUGCUUAUUAUUGUAGUAGGCACAUAUUUCUUUCACAAAAGGUAUUUGUAUUACCUGCAAAAAAUUAAAAAAAAUAUCAGUAUAAUUUUGUGUUUGAAAGUGUGUGCCUUAAAGUUUUCUUCCUUGUCUGCUUAUGUA